UAUAAAUACUGUGUAACAUUUGAUGGACUCCCCUCGUUCCUCGCUUCCUUGGCUCUAUUUUAAUCCUUCCUCUUUGUCUCUCUGUCUGAAUUCAUUUCUCCUCCCAUUUCUCUCUCUCCCCCCGCCCUCUCUCUCUCUGCAACUAUAAAUUCUGUCUUGCAUUCUCUCAUAUAGACGCCGGGGUUGUUGAUCCAGAUUGAUCCAACGAUCCGAUCCUCAAGCUAUCUGUUACGAAGCUGUAUCCUUUUGCUCGCAUUGCCGCGUUUUUUUCCUAGAUCUGCAAUUCGAAGAUGACAACAUACACCCCAAAGAACAUUCUCAUCACUGGGGCUGCUGGAUUCAUUGCAUCUCAUGUUGCAAAUCGACUUGUCCGGAGUUAUCCUGAUUACAAGAUUGUUGUUCUUGAUAAGCUAGACUACUGUUCUAAUCUUAAGAACCUUCUCCCCUCCCGCCCAUCUUCUAACUUCAAGUUUGUUAAGGGGGACAUUGCAAGUGCUGAUCUUGUUAACUAUCUCCUCAUCACCGAGUCCAUAGACACUAUAAUGCAUUUCGCUGCUCAAACCCAUGUUGACAACUCCUUCGGAAACAGCUUUGAGUUCACCAAGAACAACAUUUAUGGCACACAUGUACUAUUGGAGGCCUGCAAAGUUACUGGUCAGAUCAGAAGGUUUAUCCAUGUCAGCACAGACGAGGUGUACGGGGAGACUGAUGAGGAUGCUGUGGUGGGAAAUCAUGAAGCAUCACAACUCCUUCCUACGAACCCAUAUUCAGCAACAAAAGCAGGUGCUGAAAUGCUUGUCAUGGCUUAUGGUAGGUCAUAUGGAUUGCCUGUCAUAACAACUCGGGGAAACAAUGUGUAUGGCCCCAACCAGUUCCCUGAAAAAUUAAUCCCUAAGUUCAUACUCUUAGCCAUGAAGGGAAAGACGCUUCCGAUUCAUGGAGAUGGUUCUAAUGUACGAAGCUAUCUCUAUUGUGAAGAUGUUGCUGAGGCUUUUGAGGUUAUCCUUCACAAGGGAGAGGUUGGUCAUGUUUACAACAUUGGAACAAAGAAGGAGAGGAGAGUGAUCGAUGUCGCUCAAGACAUAUGCAGGCUUUUUAAUAUGGAUGCAGAAAAAAGCAUUGAAUUUGUAGAAAACAGGCCGUUUAAUGACCAGAGAUAUUUCCUUGACGAUGAGAAAUUGAAAAAUCUGGGUUGGUCAGAAAGGACACUGUGGGAAGAGGGUUUAAAGAAGACGAUUGAAUGGUAUACCAAUAACCCUGAUUGGUGGGGGGAUGUAUCUGGUGCACUGCUUCCCCAUCCUAGAAUGCUAAUGAUGCCUGCCGGUAUAGAAAAGAACUUUGAAGGGCCUGAGAAAUACAACUCAAAUGAGACGGAAAUGGCACCACCUCCCACAAGCGGCAAACCAGCUUAUAAGUUUUUGAUUUAUGGUAGAACUGGGUGGCUUGGCGGUCUACUUGGCAAGCUGUGUGAGAAACAGGGGAUCCCUUAUGAGUACGGUAGAGGCCGGUUGGAGUAUCGUUCACAGCUAUUGGCUGACAUUCGAUCUGUUAAGCCCACCCACGUGUUCAAUGCUGCUGGGGUCACCGGUAGACCCAAUGUUGACUGGUGUGAGAGUCAUAAGACUGAAACAAUCCGCACCAAUGUUGUUGGUACACUGACUUUAGCAGAUGUGUGCAGAGAGAAUGGCCUGCUGAUGAUGAAUUUUGCCACAGGUUGCAUAUUCGAAUAUGAUGCUUCUCAUCCAGAAGGUUCCGGGAUUGGGUUUAAAGAAGAAGACACACCAAACUUUGCCGGUUCUUUUUAUUCAAAGACCAAGGCCAUGGUUGAAGAGCUCCUAAAAGAGUACGAAAAUGUUUGCACCCUCAGGGUUCGCAUGCCAAUAUCUUCAGAUCUGAACAACCCGCGCAAUUUCAUCACCAAGAUUGCCCGUUAUAACAAGGUUGUAAACAUUCCCAACAGCAUGACUGUCUUGGACGAGCUGCUUCCCAUUUCCAUCGAGAUGGCGAAGCGCAACCUGAGAGGCAUUUGGAAUUUUACCAACCCCGGGGUUGUCAGCCACAAUGAGAUUCUGGAGAUGUACAAGACCUACAUGGAUCCGGAAUUCAAAUGGGCCAACUUCACACUGGAAGAGCAGGCAAAGGUGAUCAUUGCAGCCCGGAGUAACAACGAGAUGGAUGCAUCAAAGCUGAAGAGGGAGUUCCCUGAGUUGCUGUCAAUAAAGGAGUCAUUGAUCAAGUAUGUGUUUGAACCAAACAGAAAAACCCCUGCAUCAUAAGCAUAAGUUCCCAGCAUUGUUGAAUUUAGUGGACAGCAGAUUUCAUUUUUAUGUCCGCCCAUCAUCUCUUCACUUAUUCUUUCUUAGCAUAAAUACGUUUUUUUUCUUUUUUCCUUUUUUAUUGCUCUUCCUCGGUUCUCUUCUUAGAGAAUUGGAAUGUUCAGCAAACCUUGGAGACUUCGAUGCUUUCUUUCUCCUUCAGUCACUGAUAUAUGUAAGGGUUUUAAACUUCUUGAAUGCAAUUACACGAAUGCAUUACAUCUAUACAUUCCGAUGUUUUUUUUGAAGCCGAAUCUGUCCUUUGUCAUUCGAAGAAACAGAUUCUGUUCAC